AUGUUUCCGGGGAAGCGAUCGAAUCCUUCCUGCAUCACCGGUAAGUUUCUUGAAUGGCUGGAAGUGCACAUGUCUGAAGGUUUGAUUAAUUUGGAAGUGUUUGGUCCAUCUCUUUCCCUGAAACACCAGGAAAUCUGUGAUUGUUACAAAAUGCAAUCUCUCGUUGUACGAAAUGUUGUCAAUCUUUUAUCUAUUAAGAUUACCAAGCCAGAGGUGUUAGUACUGCUCCAGAGUAUUCCAUUGCUUACUCAUUUUCAUGUCCGUGACCGUCUAGAGAUCCUGGAGGAUGUUAUGUUGCGAUGUUCUUGCUACCUGUCUAAACUGGAGGUUCUUACCUUACAUUUUGAAUAUAUGAAAUCUGUGGCACCCAUAGAUGUUCUUACGCGGGAAUGGCCUAAAGACAUUAAGAAAUUUAAGGAUAGCGGAUACCUGUUGAAGUAUUAUCUACCGUACACUCGAAAACAGCAUCUUAAAGUGGUUGAGUUAGUUGGAUACCAGGGUAUUGCAAGUGAAUUGGAACUUGUCAACCAUUUCACCAUAACUGGAGUUUGCAUGGAGAAUAUCAUAAUUGAUCCUCGCCGGCAAUGCUCCCAUGACCGCCAAUGGGUCCACUAUGUAUAUCGCAAAGUGUGGGACAUUCAUAUGGAGCAUGAUUCCAGGUCAAUCUUUGUGUUUCUUAUACUCUCAUUGGCCUUGGGGAUUUUAGCAAAUGCAGAAGAGGCGGCAACAGAAGCAGCAGCAGCAUCAGAUUCAGGCGAAGAAGAGUUCUCGGAAGCAUUGCUUUUGAGGCCAUUACCUGAUCGGAAAGUUCUUGCCCAUUUUCACUUUCAAAGUAGAGCUCCUUCCACCAACUCAUAUGGCCACCACCACCAUCUUUUCCCCAAGUCCAUUUAUCAACUGGUCCAAAAAUUCCAUUUGCAAGAAAUGGAAUUGUCAUUUACACAAGGUCGUUGGAAUUAUGAACGUUGGGGUGGAUAUGACCCCAUAUCAACUAGCAAUGCAAAGCCUCCUGGAGUCGAACUGUGGGCUGUUUUUGAUGUGCCCCAUCACCAGGUUGAUGCUUCCUGGAAAAAUUUAACCCAUGCACUUUCAGGUCUCUUUUGUGCGUCGAUCAACUUCCUUGAGGAUUCAACUGCAUAUUCUAGUCCUCAGUGGAGCUUUAAGUCAUCUGGGGGCAAGUUAAGGUAUGGGACUUUACCUCGUGAAGCUGUCUGCACAGAGAACCUCACUCCUUGGUUGAAGUUACUUCCUUGCAGAGACAAAGCUGGGCUGUCUACAUUGAUGGAUCGACCAUCCAUUUAUAGAGGAUAUUAUCAUUCUCAGCGGUUGCGUUUGUCCUCUGAUGAAUAUGACAAGGAAAUAAGCUCCGGAAUUGUCCUUGACCAGACUCUUACAAUUGUUCUUCAACCAGAUAUGUCUGCAACUGGGGAAAUGCUUUUGGGCAGUUCCACACUGCAGCCAAAUUGGUCUCUGAAUUCAUUGUUUGGCAGGAAAGUCAAUGGAAAAUGCGUCCUUUCCAAAUCUAGCAAUGUGUAUAUUCAUUUGGAGCAGAAUUUAUUAUCUGAACUUACGGAAUUUGGGAAGAAAAACAAAGGAUCUCAUUCUGAUGUUGACAUUUCAGGAAGUUUGAGGAUAGAUCCAGGUUUGGAGAUACCAGUUCCCCCAAGCAGGCUAAUCAGAGUAGGGGACAACUUGUCUAAUCUUUAUGAAUUUCCAAUUGAGAACUACAGCGAGUCAAAGCCCUUCGAUUUGGGGUUCAGAUGGAAGUUUCCUGUAGUUUGGUCAUGCCAACAAGCACCACUCAGUGUUAGCAGGUACCUAAUGGGCAGUGGAAACGAGAGAGGUUCGAUAGCAAUUUCCUUGAAGUCUAAUGACAUGAGCCAUCAUCUGCUGAAUGCUGAUAGUGCAGAUGAAUGUCAGUUGAAGGUUAAUAUUUUCCAAGUUGUGCCUUGGUAUGUAAAGGUAUACUAUCAUACACUCCAGGUAUUUAUCGAUGGGAAUCUUCAACCUCUAGCAGAUAGUGCAGAGAAGAUUCAAGUUUCACCUUCUGAAGACAAGGUGUCUCCAGGAGUAUUGGAGAUGACUUUAAGACUACCAUGUGAAGCAAGAUCAGCCGCAAUAAGUCUUGAUUUUGAUAAGGGUUUUCUGCAUAUUGACGAGUAUCCUCCAGAUGCUAAUCAGGGAUUUGACAUCCCAUCAGCUUUAGUAGUCUUUGGUGACUUUGAAACAGGCAUGCAUUUUUCCGAUGAGUCUUUGAGCAAGAUUCCUAUAUUCUCAAAGUUACAGGAAAGGAACAAACUUCGAUCAUAUACAGAAGUACUACUGGUGCCUUUGACGACUCCUGAUUUCAGCAUGCCUUACAACGUGAUUACAAUCACUUGCACGGUGUUUGCCUUGUAUUUUGGAUCGUUGCUUAAUGCAUUAAGAUGGCGGGCUGGGCAGGAAGAGCGGCUUUUGAAAAGCAAAGCAAGCAAGAAGGCAGGUCCGUUGCGCUUGCUGCUACGAAAAUUGUUUGGAAAAUCCACGGGACAAGCACAGGAACAACCGACUCCAUCCGAACAAUCUUCAUCAUCGUUUAACUAUAAGCUUAUGGUAAAAGUUUUGCUAGUGGCUGGUCUUGCUGUUGCUUGGCAGUACUAUUCUACUUAG